AGUGGUAGGAGCAUUGGAGAGGAGCUUGGAGCCAGAGACUGCAGCACAUCCUCGGCUGCUGCUGGCCCACCUGACUGCACGACACAGCGGACAGACAUCACAGCAAACCCCGGUCCUGCAGGGUGGGGGAAUGGGGGGCACAUAGCCCGCUUGCUUCCUAUUUAAAAAAAAAAAAAGAUUUUCUCAAAAGCGUUGGAGGAGACUCACGGUCCAGCAAGAUGGUAUCCUGGAUUAUUUCGAGGAUAGUAGUCCUUGCCUUUGGGACGCUCUAUCCAGCAUACUCCUCAUACAAGGCUGUCAAAACGAAGAACGUGAAGGAAUAUGUGAAGUGGAUGAUGUACUGGAUAGUAUUUGCGUUGUUCACGACAGCAGAGACGGCCACAGACCUGCUCCUAUCAUGGUUUCCAUUUUACUUUGAGCUAAAGAUUGCCUUUGUGAUCUGGCUCCUGUCCCCAUACACCAAGGGCUCCAGUGUCCUCUACCGGAAGUUUGUCCACCCAACCCUGUCCAACAAAGAGAAGGAGAUAGAUGAAUACAUCGCACAGGCCAAAGACAGGAGUUAUGAGACCAUGAUGAGGUUUGGAAAGAGGGGUCUCAACCUGGCUGCUAAUGCUGCUGUCACUGCAGCCGCCAAGGGGCAGGGCGUGCUGUCAGACAAGCUGCGGAGUUUCAGCAUGCAGGACCUGACUCUCAUCAACGCUGACGAUGACCUGGUUCUGCACACAGACGCCCGCAUGAGACGGGACCACUUGGACGAGAUGAGCUCAGGGGCAAGCACGCUGCCCCGAGCCAAAAGCACUGCUGCACGGCAGACCCGCUCUUUGGCAGCCACGAACCUUGCUGAUGAUGCGUCAUCCCAACACAGCUCUGACCAAUCAGACACAAGGACUGAACACUCUGAUGAAGAUUUGGGAGAAAAAGCCCCUAAACGUGUUACUAGCGUCAAGGCAACCAAGAAACCUGCCGCUGCUAAGACAGAGACUCAAACCAAGACGGUGAAGAAGCCAACAAAGAAAAAGACCACGACUAGCAAUGCAGAGACGCCACCAUGAGGCCUGCUGUUCACAUCCAUCGGCUGAUACUCGCUCCGCCCACAGCCUGCAGGCCCUUCUUCCUCUGUUUGGUCUCCACACAAACACAUUUAUUUAUAUAUAUAUAUCUAUCUAUUAGAUAUUAUAUCAUAGGUUUGUUUUUUAGCAGUAUGUGGCCUCCUUUAGGUUGGGAACAGUUCUUUUACGUUUUACCGGGUCGUUGCAUAUUUUGUCUCUUUAAUUACUGUGAGCUCAUCUCUGAUCGGGAUGUUUCUUUUAAUCUGGUAAUGAUUAGUGAUAUAUUUAUAAAUUCCCCUUUAUCCUCUCCUUAGACAUAUAGUCCCCUUAUUAGGUGAGAACAUAAGCUGGCCUUGUGCAGUUUUUCAGUCUGAUUGAUGUUACCGAUUCAUGUUCUGCUGCGGAUAUUCUUAAUCGAGGCUGUUUUUGGUUGAAGUAUCUCCAGUAAAAUAUCACAUUAUUUACUCCUUUGAGUCAUUUGUGCUUACUCCUACAUGCUUCUAGUUGAAAUGUAAAAAAUCUCACCAUCCAGAUUUGUGAAGGCCCAAGUCUGGGUCCUCAUCUGGACCCAGCCAUGGUGGUAGAAAUCCUCAGAUGCUGAUCUCUCGGAAGCACAGACAUUUGGCCUUUUUACUGAGGAGGAGUAAGGCGGUUGAGACUUUAACACCUGCACUGACUGAUGGUUGCAGACGUCCUUAUUUACUCUUCCAGACCUAAUAGUUCCCACUUUUGUCAUUCAGCCACCACCCUGUCCUAUCUCAAGUGACUCAAGUCUAAUUUUACAGGAAUAUUUGUGCUUUGGUCCUCUAUUUUACCUUAAUUCUAGCAUUUUUUGACUGCAUUUUAGGCCUCACAGCUUGUGGAGGAGUUUAAAGACUAGCUCCCCCCCCCCCUCAUUAAGCCUGUAUACCUCUGAGUGAGUCUGACUCUGCUAGGUUCAGGUCUCGCUUAUGGCAACUUUCUUCCUCACUGCUUUUUAGUGCGACUUUGAAGUCAUGUACAGUACUGGUGAGUUUUUUGUUGAGUGUUGGCUUAGUUAUCCAUCUAGGCAUCACUCUCAAAGUUAUAUUCCUCCGCCAUCAUUGUUUUAUUACACUUCUAGUUGAGUCAGUUCUUUUUGGUCAUGUGAUGAUAUUAGUAAUAGGUAUGAUCAGUUGUGCAUAUUCGGGCCUCUUAAGGUAAGGCUGUAACUGAGCUCUCUCCCAAUAAAAUGCACUAGUCAUAGAAGAGUUGCCUGUGUUUGUGAGGUAACAUAUCUGCUUUCACCACAGUAGAAAUGUGUGUUUGUGUUCAACAUGAGAAAGAGGUGGAGUAGCUCUGCACUUCCUCACUCCUUUACCCCGCUGUGUGGUUGCCUCUUUAUAAUAUUUCUACUUAUCUUUAGAAGCAAGGACAAAGCAAUAUCGAAAUAAUUAAACCAAAACCAACAUCAGGAGACUGUGAGGAAUUAUUUUCUCAUCCCCGUGCUGUUGUUUCAGAUGUGGAGGGAGUGUCAGACCAGGCUGUGGGUGUUUUCUAAACACUGGACUUUGGUUCUGGUUGCCAGCCACUGCAUAGGGCCUGGUUCUUCUGGGUGCUCUGUGAUGAAAGAUUUAAAAAGCAUGUGACUACUUCUGCACUCACUACUGCAGUGUGACACUAGUAUGACCCAGUAGAGGGAGCCAAACUCCACCUCAACUGUUGGUAAAGUUACUAAACCAUAUGUAAACACAAUGUAAAUAGUAACUGUAUAUACAGUAUGAGCUUGCUUGCCUUAUUCCUUCUCUGGGCUUAAAUCAAUCACUUUUUUUUUUUUUUUUUAAUCAUUUGUGUGCUUUUUUAAAAUUCUUGACAAAUCAAAUGUUCUGAAACCAGAAGAAGCUCAGACUUCACCAGUUUGGACUUAGAAGUGAUUUUUUUUGUGUGUUUUUAAACAUGUUAACUUUUCUUUCUGUCUUUUCUCAUUAAGACAUUUUAACUCAUCUUCAUCACAAAGUAGGGAAUAUCCAGGCUGAGUCUAAACUGAUGUUUGUACAUUCACAUCCUGCUAUGUACUACUACUACUACUGCUACAGACUGUUUUUAUUUUUUUCUUCAUAAUUUAAUGUUUGCACUGAACUAAAGAAGAUGGCACAUAAUUAAAAUACAUUUUGUCUCAUGAAGAUGCAAUCCUGCAUUUCUUUUGUUGUGUUCAUUCCAUUUUUGAUAUUUAUUGCUUUUUAUUUUUCUGUUUAAUAUCAGUGUUGUAUACAGGUUAUGUUCAUUUGUAUAUUGUUUGUGCCAAUUCUCAAAGCUCCAUCUCAAAAAGGAUUACAGUAUGUGUGCUGAGACAAUGGUAUCUAACAAGGUCAUGUAUCAGUAAUAAAACUACUAAUAA